CACUGGUUUCAGGAAGUGCCAAAGUUGUGAAGCUAUCUGACAGCGACAUCGCGCAACGUAAUGGCUGAACCCAGAAUUUCUUCGAUUGAUGGGAAGUUGGCUAAAGAAUUUGCUGUUCCCUCUCAUGUUGAGGAGGAAAAAGAGAAGAUGGCUGCUUUUGCCACACACCAUGUAGCAGCGGGUCGCAGGGUGGUUCUCAUCACAUCAGGAGGCACGAAAGUUCCCCUGGAGUCUCGCACCGUUCGCUUUCUAGACAACUUCAGCAGUGGCAGACGUGGAGCCUCUUCAGCAGAGUAUUUCAUAGACGCCGGCUACGCUGUUAUCUUCCUGCACAGGCAUCGCUCCCUCUACCCUUACGCGCAUACUUUCUCCACCAUUAACAUGUUGGAUGCCCUGCAGUUUAGAAGUGGGGAAGCAGCAUCGGGCCACUCUGGUGAAGUGGUUGUGGACCAAAAGGUGCUUCCAAACGUUGUGAAAAUGCUGAAGAGGUACCAGGAAGUGAAAGAAAGCCAACUUAUCCUGCCUGUAGAGUUCAACACUUUGUCCGAGUAUCUGCAUCUUCUCAAAGCAGCGGCACAGGCACUCAGCACAAUCGGAUCAAAGGCCAUGUUUUAUUUGGCUGCCGCUGUGUCUGAUUUCUAUAUUCCAGCAUCUGAGAUGCCUGAACACAAAAUCCAGUCUUCCAAUGGUCCUCUUCAACUCAGUUUGAACAUGGUCCCCAAGAUACUGUCCCCACUGGUGAAGGACUGGGCGCCUCAGGCAUUUGUCAUAUCUUUUAAACUGGAGACUGAUCCAGCCAUCCUGUUGGAAAAGGCUCGACGGGCUCUGGACACAUACAGGCACCAGGUGGUGGUUGCCAACAUACUGGACUCUAGACGGGGUUACGUGGUGGUGGUGACCCCUUCGUCUCAGGCUGAGCUUAUCCUCACAGAGGAAGAUGUGCAGAAUGGGGUUGACAUAGAGGAGAGGAUAGUGAGCAACCUGACAUCAGCACACAACAACUUCAUAAGCCCAGAUGGGAGUUGACAUGUCAUCGUCAGUACAUCGGAGUGACAUCUUCCCUGCUUUCAUUUCUUUAUGCCUGUCCUGCUGUAUACGUAUGUAUUCUUGUGCAACAGAAAUGACAAUAAAAAAAACAAAUCAAAACA